AUGCCUAUGGCGCGAUGGCGGUUCAUAGAGUCUGCUGCUAGAGAGAUGGUGUCAGCGGUGACCGAGCUGGUGUGGAAAGGGCGCUGCACACAGCACCCGCGCGUGCUCAACGACUGCAACUGGUGCCGCUGCAACCGCAAGCACGAGUACACGUGCGAUGCGCGCAACUGCAGCGAGGUUGACGUCUUUGGACACUUCAAUGAUGCCAUCCGCGAAAUGAACGUGGGCAUGGAAGGCCAUGGAUCCUGGAGGUCAACUCAGCUAGCCUGCGAGCCAGGAGUCCAGUACCGACGGAAAGGCCUCCUUUGCGUCUGCACAGAAGACGGCACCUGGCCCAAUCCAGUCUGCAGGGACAUCUUCAGGAUCCUACAUUCUGUUGAAAUGACUGACGAAACUGAAGCCGCAGGCCAGAAGUGCUCCGCAACGAAAUUGUACUUAGUCGGCUGUAAUGUCUGCUUGUGCCCCUCAACACAACGACUCGACCCUGAAUAUUGCACUAGGAAGAUAUGCCCAGAAAAUGAUCCGAUACUACAAGGCAAUAGACAGAAGAAAGAAAACUUCGAAUCAGAUGACCAAGCCAUAGAGAUCUACGCGGAGUGUCAAUCAGAUUACAAGUACAAGUUGGGCUGCAAAACCUGCAGUUGCUUAAGAAACAAUAGGCUCCAUUGUGGGAACUGCACAAAUGAAAAUGAGAGUGUCCAAACAUUCUGCAGUCACAUCAAACCCGGUCAAACUUUUAGUCGAGAUUGCAAUUUGUGCUACUGUGACAAAAAGGGCUUCGCAUACUGCACUUCUAAGAAAUGCUUGGAAGGUAAAGUAAAAUUAUUCACCCAGGACAUUUUUAACAAAACCGAAGUGGAGAGCUACGAUUCAUUUAAUGAAGAAAACUGCAUCCCAGGACGCAACUACAGGCAAGGCUGCAACCAAUGCUACUGCUAUGUAGAGAAUGGCACGAAAUUAUUUGGGUGUACCCUAAAAAAUUGUGCUAGAUCUGCGAAUCCAGUCACUACCAUGCAUUUGGACUGUGUUGACGGUACAGUCUAUGAACUCAACUGUCUUAUAUGCCACUGUAUUGAAAAGCGUGGGGUCAAAACUCAGCUGUGCCAGGUGAAUCCUAAAUGUACUGAUCAGAACGCUGUCAGGGAAUCCAGGUCGAACGAUUUGGAUUCUUUACAUGGUUAUUGUGAGCCGUUACAUGUUUAUAAAAAGGAUUGUAAUACGUGCCACUGCCUUUCUGAUGGGAAGACGGUGAGAUGUACGUCUUAUGUAUGUGGCAAGUCAUCUUUAGAGCCAGUGGCUGUGGACAUAGUGCCAGUCACACAGAAAGGUAGGGCAUGUCCCAAGGGGCUGUCGUAUAAGAUAGACUGCAACUAUUGCUUCUGCCUAUCAAAUGGGAAUGCGAUAUGCACGACUGCUGAUUGCACGGGAAAGAAACGAAGUAAAAAGAAUUAA